GUUGUCAUUUCACGAACUUCUGCGGUCACCAACUACGUCAAAUGUCACCAUGCUACCACCACGCUAGACUUGCGAGUUUGCACCUUUGACACCGUGUGAGCAGUCACCUCACGCGUGUGUUACGCCCACAGACAUUCCAAUUGUGCCGCAUGGGGUCAACAUGCUUCCGUCAUCCUCCACUGAAAAAAACAGCUUGACGGUAUGCACCCUUUGUCGGUCUCUGUUCGAGGAUGUUGUGGUGGUCAAAUCUUGGGAGAACGAGGAAGAAGAACCAGUGGGGCUCCGUCCUCGGCAGCAGACGGUACGAAUUCAUCGCUACCAUGUUACAUGGCACCCAGAUGCCAGAUCUUUGAGUGAUUCUAUUCACUCCGGUUGCGAACUCUGUUCAAAUGUGUGGGAUGAGUUGAACGCCAGAGGCCUCGUCGGCCAGCGUGAGCCAACAGAACUUCUACUGAGACAGGCCAAGUUCACAGUCGAUCUGGUCGAACGUGUUCCCAAUGAUACCAAUCAUGAAGAGAUUAAGUGGUCAUUGGAGAUGGUCGUUAAUGACGCGAUAUCGAAUCGCAAGACUCUGGUUGGCGUGCAUCAUUUUCGAGCAUCGGAGAGGCCAGCACCUGAUCAAUCUUUACCGCCCUUGGAGAACAGGACAAAUGAUCCUGAGCCUUCGACACGAGAUCUUUCUCUCGCAAAACAGUGGUUAAGUCAAUGUCGAAGCAACCACGAACGAUGUCAACCGAUUGUUGACAAAGAGUUUGAAUGGCCAACCAGGCUUAUCGAACUAUGGAAGGACGGGAACACUACGAAAGCGCGCCUGGUGGAAAGAGAUGAGAUCUCUGCCAUGGUUCCUUACGUCACUCUGUCCCAUCGUUGGGGUGCGGGUGCCAUGUAUACUCUUGAAAACGAUCGUCUCUCGCAAUUCAAAGAACAGAUUGAUGUCGAGCAAUUGGCACAGACUUUCAGAGACGCAUUCGAUGUGGUCUUACAGAUGGGUCUAUCAUAUAUCUGGAUAGACUCGCUGUGCAUAAUUCAAAACUCAAAGGCCGACUGGAAAGCAGAGUGUCAGAAAAUGGCCGGCGUAUAUGCAAACGCAGCCUUGACUAUAGCAGCUACCGCUUCCACAUCUUCCGAGACAGGCCUGUUUGUGAAAAAGCGUGCUAAGAACCCAGCAAUACUUCGUGUGUUUGUCGACAUCAAGCGCGCCGACGCUAGGCACGGUAACAGGCCCGAGGGCAUUAGAGGUUAUUACUAUCUGGUCCAUGAGCACGCAUGGUCCGUACGAGUAGACUAUGCCCCACUCAAUCAGCGUGGAUGGGUGCUACAGGAGCGAUUUUUCUCUGCACGGAUACUGCACUUUGGCAAGGACCAGUUGCUUUGGGAGUGUCAAGAGCUACAGGCAGCCGAGUCCAUAUCAUCUCUAGAUGCUUGGCCGUUGCGAAGCAACAUACGUGAAGGCUACCGUUCUUAUCGGUCUCUCCUCCCAGAGCUCAACCAAUCCCUUGCAAACGCAUCCUCCACCUCUCUCCAAGAACAUGAGCGGGCUCACGGGCAAAACGUCAAAAAAGCGUGGGACAGGAUAGUGGAAGCAUAUACUCAAGCUCAGCUCACUUACAGCAGUGAUAAGCUGGCCGCCAUUGCCGGUAUCACGGCACGUUUCGAGGUGUUGUUGAACGAUAAAUCCCACCGGGGACUGUGGAGGAAAGACCUCUUCGAUGAUCUCCUGUGGUAUCGAACAGUCGGAGAUUCUCCCAGACCGGCCAUCAAACGUGCUCCGAGCUACACAUGGGCUUGUCUAGAUUGCCCAGUUGCCUAUGAGCGCCUGACCAACGACGAUGAGCUCUUGGUACCAUGCGCUCGUAUAGUCGGCUUUGAACCUCACCAUCGCCACAUAAAUUUAGUGGCGAGACUUCCUCGAGUUCGGUUGAAGAAGUCGCCGAGGACGAUGUCGCGAUUCAGCAUGGACCUCACAGUGAACGAAAACGUAUAUCGAGCACAAGCGCAGUUCGACGCUCAGGCUACGGAUCUGGCGGAAACUUACUUGAGUCGGAAAGGUGUUCGAGUGUAUCUCCUAUGCAUGUACGCACUCCAGUAUGAGCUUCCGAUACCCUCAGGGGGGCAUGUCAUGAGGGGAGAGUCUUAUGGACUGCUGCUCAAGAAGGAAGAUAUCCCCGGGCAGUAUUCUCGCGUUGGGCGGUUCGCGGCAGACGGCGAUGUCUGGAACGAGUUCCAUCCUCGCGAUGAUGCACCUGAUGGGUACUACACUAUCACGUUGAUAUGAACAAUACGGCAGGCUUACAUCAGAGUGACAACAAAGGGAGGCAAGACUCUUGAAAGUAUACAAACUGUACACAAC